UGUGUCAGUGUUGCCAGCAGACCUGUGCGAAACAAAAGCACUUCUCUCCCCACGUUUAACGCCUUCAAAGCACGUCUUAAAGCUGUUUCAGUCGUAAAGCUGUCAAAGGAAACAAGGAGUUACGCGGCAGAGUCGCAGAUUACACAGGAUUACAGCAGCCCUUAGACAAAGUUGGGCUCUGUUGUCUUGGCUUUGGUGGCAAGAGCAGGAGUGGCUUGAUCCUAAAGCAGCUCUCCAGAUCAGAUUUCACCCAAACCAGCUGUGAGAAGGAGCUUUGCCUUUUCUCCCCUCUCUCCCUCUCUCCAUGUUGUAAGCGCGCUCUUGACAUCCAGAAAGAAAAAGGGGGAGUGACGGAGAGAGUUCCUGAAGGAAUUUUCCUUCUCCUAGGCAAGAAUUGAAAAAGUCACCAGAGUCUAGAGAACAGCGGCGAGGAUGGAUGAUCAGCCCCGGUUGAUGCACUCCUCUCACGGGGUGGGCAUGGCCGGACACCCCGGCCUGGCGCAGCAUAUGCAGGAUGGCACGGGAGGAGCGGACGGCGAGGGAAGAAAACAGGACAUUGGAGACAUAUUACAACAAAUCAUGACCAUAACCGACCAAAGUCUGGACGAGGCACAAGCCAGGAAACAUGCACUGAAUUGUCACAGAAUGAAGCCGGCUCUAUUCAACGUCCUGUGUGAAAUAAAAGAAAAAACAGUACUCAGUAUUCGUGGAGCUCAGGAGGAGGAGCCACCAGAUGCUCAACUCAUGCGAUUGGACAACAUGCUGCUAGCCGAGGGUGUGUCUGGACCUGAGAAAGGAGGCGGGUCGGCUGCAGCAGCGGCUGCAGCUGCCGCGGCAGGCGGCGGCGGGUCCGAUAACUCGGCCGAACACUCAGACUACCGGGCCAAGCUGUCCCAGAUACGUCAGAUCUACCAUACAGAAUUGGAGAAGUAUGAGCAGGCGUGUAAUGAGUUCACCACCCAUGUGAUGAACCUGCUGAGGGAGCAGUCUCGCACUCGGCCCAUCUCCCCCAAAGAGAUCGAACGCAUGGUGAGCAUCAUCCAUCGCAAGUUCAGCUCCAUCCAGAUGCAGCUCAAACAGAGCACCUGCGAGGCAGUCAUGAUCCUGCGCUCCCGCUUCCUAGAUGCCAGAAGAAACUUCAAUAAGCAAGCCACAGAGAUCCUGAAUGAAUACUUCUACUCCCACCUCAGCAACCCGUACCCCAGCGAGGAGGCCAAGGAGGAGCUGGCAAAGAAAUGCUCCAUUACAGUCUCACAGGUAUCCAACUGGUUUGGAAACAAGAGGAUCAGAUACAAGAAAAAUAUCGGAAAAUUCCAAGAAGAAGCCAACAUGUACGCCGCCAGAACCGCCGCGAACGCAACCAGCGUCUCCACCCACGGCAGCCAAGCCAACUCGCCUUCCACACCAAAUUCAGCCGGUUCUGCUGGCUCUUUUAACAUGAACUCCGGGGACUUGUUCAUGAGCGUACAGUCUCUGAAUGGGGACUCAUACCAGGGGGCCCAAGUGGGGGCCAACGUUCAGUCACAGGUGGAUACUCUUCGCCAUGUUAUCAGUCAGACAGGCGGAUACAGUGAAAGCCUCGCUGCCAGUCAGAUAUACAGUCCACAGGGCAUCAAUGCGAACGGCGGCUGGCAAGACGCCCCGACACCCUCCUCAGUGACCUCACCCACGGAAGGACCCGGGAGCGUCCAUUCUGACACCUCCAACUGAUCGGCACCAUCCAUCCUCACGGCGCGUGGGAUCUUCAGACUUCUCGCGCUAAAGACCCAGCCAUCCACCCCCCCUCAGAUUUGGAUUAACGUCCUACGUGGUCAAACACAAUCAUGCCAUUCUACCGUGGAACAUUUGGGAUACUUUACAAGAUUUUAGAAAACAAUUAUGAAUUUAAAAAUUAAAAAAAAAAUGUGUUUGUACAGUUUUUGACAGUGUAUUUUAGGUGGCACAGGGCAACAACAAACCUGUGACUGUUUCAGUCUUAUGAGGCAAUUGUUAAUGAUGGAACAACCAGUUGUUGUGUUUCAAUUUAAAUGCUUCAUUCUACCUCUCAGCAAAAAGAAAAAAAAAAACAAAACACAUGAAAGAACAGUCUUUGUUUUCUAAAAAAAAAAAAAAAAAAAUGUUACCACUUGAUAUAGUGCUUGAGAGGAAGCUCUCCUUAUCGGUACGGUCAAUUAUUAUUGCCUCUUUUGUUCGUUCAUAGUGAUAUAUUGACUAUUUGUUUUUGUUUGUUCAUUGAUUUUCCUUUAUCAUUUUUCAAAAGACCCUCCAAUAUCAAUUUCAAGUAUUUCCUUUGACAAUUUUUGCCCGAUAAUACAGAUUUUUCUUAUACAUCUUUGUAUAAAACAUGAAAUAGGAUGUGUGGAGGUCACUCAUACCAUUUCAAAGCUGAUUAUCAUAUUUUCCCCAUAAAAGCCAUCAAAAGCUGUCCAUUAGAUAAAGGAACAUGCUUACGUUUAUCGUAGAGAGCAGUCCAAACAACUCUGUUGUCGCAGAUUUCAUUUGGAGUCAUUUCCUCACUCUGUUUGUUUUUGAGGACACUGUCUGCGAGUCGAUGAAAAUAUAACUGAUUCCGGAAAUGGCGGAAGCAUCAAGUCAUUACGGCCUAUAAUGACAUUUCCUCCCCGCUUUCACUUCAGAUUGCUUUCGAACGCUCCUUAUUCCCUCGCUCCCUUAAGUGAAGGAAUUUGACAUAAAGAGCAAUAUAUUUGUUUGCUUUAUACAGACAGAUGCCCUUUACUACCCCAAAUCAUUUAAAACAAGCACUAAUGUUCUUUAUUGUUUUGAAUUAAUUGAAUUAGUUUAGUAUAUUUCCCUGUCUUAAAUUUUUAUUCUAUGUCAUCUUAUGUUUGCUAGCUAAAUCCUUGAGGGUUUCAUCAAAAUGCCAUGCGAACCUGACAUCUUGUUUUCCCUGUAAUUUCAAGUAUGAGAGCCAACUGUGAGUGUACAGUUUUAGAAACAAGCAAUGUGCUUUUAACAUUACAGCCGAGUGCUGCUGGUAACCAAAAUACUUUGUGUAAACGCUGUAAAAGAAUAUGAAAUAUCAUGCUCAUAGCUGUUCGAACAUAAUGAGCUUUUUUUUUUCAGUUUUCAGAAAUUCAGAUGCGCAACUCACAAGCGUGUCUUUGCCAGAUUGCUCACGUCUCAUUCCUGUUGGCCGAUUUGUAUUGCCGAUGCCACUGUUUCCAUUGUGAAAUCAUGAUGGAAACAGCUCUUCUGCCUAAUUGAAAAAAAUUAUCUUGAAAAAUCCAAUAGUUAACUAAUUUUUGUUGAAAAUAUAUCCCUGUCUGUCAGGGCUCCGGGUAAUGAAGUUUGUUUUGCAGUACAUUGAAUCAGAAUCCAUUUAAAUGGGGAAGUCAUUAAGUUAAUAAGAUUUGGACAUUUCGACGGUCACUCUUAGCUGUGUUUAUGCAGGUAAAGCGCCAUACACACGCGUAAUCUUUAUGGACCCUUUGCCCUGAAUCCAGAAAUCCAGUUCAGCGGUUUCUGAGUUUCAAACACUGACUUGAGAUGAAGCCAAUCAUUUUUGCCCUUAUGUAUAUGUAUCGCUAAAAUGACCUCAGUGUCUAAUAUCAUAUUAUCCCCUGUUAAUUUGUGCUCUCUAACACGUGUUCUCUACCAAAAACAUCUUUUUGAACAAUUGCCAAAAAGGAAGACGCUCCACCUCUUUAAUGGAUUUUGGGGGGGAAAUGUUUGGGAUUGUUCAUCGCUAUUCACUGUCAAAACCAAAAAUGUAAAAACUGAAAGUAGCUUAUGUAUGUAUAAGAAACAGAAAUAUGUGAUGGAUAUUUCAUUGCCUUUGCCUUCAAUAAUGGCUUUGAAUUUGUUGGGGUUUUUUUUGUUUGUUUUGUUUUCUUUAAUAUGUUUCUUGUUUUUUUUUUUUGUUUUUUUGCUUUUGUUUUAGCUCUCAUUAUCAAGACAUUCUGAAACACCACCAUUUUUUUUGUAAUAGUUUGAAGAUAAUCAUGCAAAUCCAUAUGAAAAUACAAACAUCAUCUGUUAUUUGAAUGACAUAUGUUUAUGACACAAAAACACACUCUAGUUUGCUGAUGGUUGCCAUUGUGAAAAUGUAUAUAUAUUUUGUGAAAUAGACUUGACCGCACCUGCUAUAAAUGCAUUAUUAGACUUCACGAUUAUGUACCAUAUGAAGCAUUGAAGUCCAGACUAUUGUGUUUGGGUUUCCCCCACAAUUCCCACAAACUUUGUCUCAAAAUUGACAUGAUUAUCAUCAAUAAAUGUUGUAUUGCUCACUGAACAGUAUUGAUACACAUCAGUAUGUAUUUUGUGAGAUUCUCUGUUUUGUUAUUAUUUUUUAUAAAGGUUUUACAGGGUUUAAUGCUUUUCUUGUUCUUCAGUUCAUGUUUAGGGACCAUUUUAGUAAUACAAUGAAGGAAAUAGGAUACAGGUACCUAUAAAGGGCACAUUUGGGAUUAGUCAACUCAUUCCAUAAUUUAGACUUUGCACACUUUUGGUCCAAUAUUACGUUAUUUCUUAGCCUGAGAUUUCAACGUCAGCCCUUAACAAAUUAUCCCAUUUUACUUUGUUGCAUGUGUUUUGCUUACAAUAAAAUACUGCAGUGUUUUGAGUAAAUCCUGAUGUAUUUUUUACACAAUUUUACUUGGAAUGUACAAUACCAUUCAAAUGUUUGGGAGAUGGAAAAGUGAAAAAAGAGUGAUUUUUAAAGUUUUUGAACAUCUUAUAUGCUAACAAAGGCUGCAUUUAUGUGCUCAAAAAU